GUAGCUGAUUCAAAAUGGCGUAAAACCAACAUGGCGUCACGUAUACGGUGCCGAUGAUCUCGUUUUAGCCGCGUCUCGCGAUCCGGAUAGCUACGGUUUACGGCGUGCGCGACGAAACGACAAGCGAACGUUCGCUGACGGCCGUGUGUUACGUAUACGACUCGAGUAUCGCUCGCGAACCUCAAAUACGACCUUGUUUAUAGCGGUCGCGCCGCACGUUACGGACGUUGGAACGAGCGGCGGCGACAGUGACUGUAGUGACUCUAUGGUGACGGGCGAUUGUAAAUCGGUGCCGGACGAUAUAUCGCAUCGGCAGCCCCCUCGUAUAAUAAAACCCCGCGUGUGUUUCUUUCCGUGUGUCUUUGCGCGAGGACACUUGUUCAUCUCGCUGACAUGAUGAAGGACACGGGAUAUCGUGCGUAAGCAUCGUCGCGACGGCGGGGUAAUGUGUGUUGACGUGCGCGAGUGAGCGAGUGAGCCAUUCUCCUCCACGUAUCGUCCUUGUUUCGACGGACUCGCGGAGGAGUCAGUGAGCGACGACGUGCGCGACAACGACGACGACGACGACGACGACGACGACGACGACGACGACGAGGACGAGGACGAGGGCGUACGUGCACGGUGACGGGGACGCGUGACGUUUAGCAUCUCGUUCACCAUGGCGGUGAAUCCGCGUGAUAUGGACGGUUUCAUGCCGCUCCUGUCAACGACGGAUAUCAAGAAGAAGCUGAACGUCGGCAACGCGCUGUUGAAUUACCUCGGCGAUUCGACCAAUAGCAUCGAGUGCCAGGACAUUGGCAUGUUCAUCGACAAUGUUAUACCGUGGCUUGGCAACGGCAAUCCCAAGGUUGUUCAAAACGGUUUAGAGAUCCUGACGUAUCUCGCGGAUCGGAUGGGUCACGAUUUCAAACCUUACAUUUCCACCAUCAUUCAGCCGACUAUAGAUAGGCUAGGUGACAGUAAAGAUGCCACUAGAGAAAAGGCGCAGUUGGUGCUUCUAAAGAUCAUGGAGAAGGGAUGUAUGUCGCCCCAAAAUCUUCUUGAUAGACUUCGUCCAGCUUUUAAUCACAAAAAUGCAAAAUUACGAGAGGAAGCUCUGAUUUUGUUGACGACAACGUUGAAUGAACAUGGAGCAGAUGAGAUGGCUCUAUCAGGUGUGAUCCCGAGCAUUGUCAAGUUGUUGUCUGAUCCUUCGGAAAAGGUUCGGGAGACCGCUUUGAACACGCUGGCGGACAUUUAUCGGCAUGUAGGCGAAAGAUUACGUGUCGAUUUGCAACGAAAGCACAAUGUGCCGCAAGCCAAAAUGCUCCUGUUAAUAGAAAAGUUCGAUCAACUGAAGGCAGCCGGCGAUCUCCUACCUUUAGCAAUGUCAUCUGACGUUGGUAAAGACUGUGACGAAAUCGAUAGAGCGAUCAAAUCGGCUCCUGUCAAAAGGCUGAAUCUGCCUCCGAAACGAGGUCAAUUUGGGCCUGCUAGGACACCAACUUCUGCCUUAGCUCCUCCUGGUUCAUCCUUCACGGUCCCAAGGUCAACAACCAUCAAAAGAACUCUGUCAGUAAGAUCAGCAGCAGCACAAGCCGGAGCCGUCGACGAAGAAUACUUUAUCACUUCGUUUGAAGACGUACCUACUGUAACUCUAUUUUCGGCGAAGGAUCUCGAAGAACAGAUGAAGAUUAUCAGGGAGACGGUGGGUGACGACAAGAAGGACUGGAAACUGAGAACAGAUAGCAUGAAAAAGUUAAGGGCCAUUAUACUCGCAGGUGGCACUAAUUACGAAAAUUUCCACGAGUGCCUAAAGAACAUGCAGCGACCAUUCGAGCAAGCCUGCACAGACCUUAGAUCCCAAGUAGCGCGAGAGGCGUGUGUAACUCUAGCCUUUCUGAGUCAGAGUCUGAAAAACAAAUUCGCCAGUUUUGGCGAGGCGGUUUUGCUCACGUUAAUGAACCUUAUACAGAACAGUGCCAAGGUCGUGGCGACAGCCGGUGCAGUAGCAGUUCGGUUUAUUCUUCAAAAUACCCACUGUAGUCGAUAUGUGCCUAUUAUUAUAUCGUGCGUGAGCAACAAGAGCAAAGACAUUCGCAAAGCAUCCUGGGAAUAUCUGACUCUAAUUCUGCAGACCUGGCCUACGCAGAUAUUACAGAAGCACAUAACAGCAUUGCCGGACGCCCUUAAAAAAGGCAUCGCGGAUUCCGAUCCGGAAGCGCGAGUUUUUGCCAGGAAAUCAUUCUGGGCAUUUAAAAAUCAUUUUCCAGAGCAGGCUGAGAUAUUACUUAAUAAUUUAGACGCGUCAUACAAACGCUCUUUGAUGUCUCUCAGCAAUAGCGGCAGUAGUAACAGCUUAAAUGUCGUGGCUAAUGCGAGAUCGUCGAGCGUUAGUCCACGAACAGCCAGACCUGCGAUGAGCGCGGCAGGUAGUACGGAAAAUUUGCAUCAGACCAUUGGUCAACCGCACGGUCCGCUCAGACGUACUCCGUCUUUGCCUCGAUCUUAUCGUCAAUCUGGUAUCCCGAUACUACAAAGACCAACAGACAGUCAUUACCGAGGUACACCGGGUGGAAUUAGAUCUACUAGCGCGAUUGAUUUGCAAGCUGCUCAAAGGGCGAAGGCCAGGACAAUGUAUGCGAAUAUGAGCAGACAGAAAGCAGCAGCGGCACUUCCUCGCCCUAGUAAAUCUCCGGAUCCUAACACGAUUGCUAGUCCAGAAAGAGUUGCAAGGACGAGAACAAGAAUGUCGGGAGUUUCGCAAUCUCAACCUAGUAGCAGAUCAGGUUCCCCGUCAUCUAGAUUGAACUACGCCACAUAUAAUCGCGAAAGUGAGUCACUGAUAGGUAGACCGAGGCGAUUAUCCGGACACGGUAUCGGCAGCACGAGUAACAGUCGCGAACCCAGUCCACAGAGAUUUGGAAUGGAUAGAAGUUUCGCGAACAAACUAAGAGGGAGAAAUCUACAUAUGUCGCCGACGGAUAGCACUAGGCCACCAGUUAUGGCACAGAAGAUGCUGUUAAAAUCGCGCGAGGCGGAGUCGGCUUUGGCAGAUGCUUUGACCCUCGACAGUAUCGACAGUUACAGCAGAAUACCGGGUGGCAAAGGAGAUCACAGUGACGACAGUGAAAACAGCAGUAUAUGCUCGGAACGAAGCAUAGAUGGUUACAGACGAGCUAGCGAUUCGUACUCAUGGAGUGGCUCUCAACCGAGAUUAUACCGUGAUCUAUGGGAUCAGUCUAUCCCAAAGGACAUCAAAGAAAUUAUUGAAAACUGUGGUCAUAAACAUUGGGGAGAUCGGAAAGAAGGCUUGGUGGGCUUGCAGCAUUAUUUGAAUAGCGGAAACACAUUGACAACAUCAGAUUUGCGUAGAGUGACGGAUAUUUUUACAAAAAUGUUUAUGGAUUCUCAUACCAAAGUCUUCAGUUUAUUUCUGGACACAUUGAAUGAACUAGUGAUGACUCACAGCGAAGGUCUUGGUGAUUGGCUUUAUGUUUUGUGUGCAAGACUGCUCAAUAAAUUGGGCACCGAUCUAUUAGGAUCUAUACAAACGAAGAUCCAGAGAACGCUUGAUAUUGUAAGAGACUAUUUCCCGGGACAACAGCUUCUACCAGCUGUGAUGAGGUAUCUUACAGAUCCAACACAAACACCAAAUUCCCGCGUGAAAGUAGCAGCAUUGAAAUUUAUCACGCAGAUCGCCGAGACGGCAGAACCGUCCGCACUUACCAGUUCUGCAGCGACAGCACUUGCGCGACUGCUCGACUGGUCGAAUGACGGUAAAAGCCAAGACGUGAAGAGGCACGCGCAGAACGCUGUGAUAUCACUUUACAAUCUCAAUCCGCCUCAAGUUACUAUGAUACUUUCCGAGUUGCCAAAAUACUAUCAAGAAACAGCUUGGCCCCUAGUGCAGAAUCAUUUAAGGAAAUCGUCCGCUUCGAGUAAUCCGGCCUCGCCCGGUACACCACCGCCUAGAGCGCAAAGCUCGCCAGCUCGAACGAAAGCGAAGAACGACAUUAAAGUAGAUGCGAGAACUGAAAUCGACGGAGGAGAUGAAAACAUGGAGGAAGUGUACAAAUCACUACGACGCACAACCGCUGAAAUCCAAAAUUACGGCUUUGAGCGUCUGGAGAGAGCUACUACCAGCAAAGACAGUGGAAUCAGCAAUAUGGCCGAUGUGGAAGAAAGAAUAGAAGGUCUUACUUUAUCCAAUUCGGGCCGAUCUUCGUCGGUUUCCUCACCAACGCAACGAGGACGAUGUGUUAAUAAUAUAACGGUGAACGGAUCCGAUACGAUCGCUGGUGAUUUGAUUCUACCUCAAGAGAAUAAUGGUUAUAAAACGCACGGAUCAUCGCCCGAUUUAACGAAUAGACCAGAAAUUGUAGAUAAUAUGGUUAAAACUCUACAAUCUAAAGUGGCGCAAACUACGGAGAAAGUAUCGGUGUUACAAGAAUUUCAAUUAUAUGUUCGCGAAGGGGAUGCGUUGUAUGUCAAACGAAAUUUCAAAAAAGUGCUCAAAGUUUUAUUAGAUAGUUUAUCCAAUGAUGGUAAAGUGAUACAGGUAGAAGUACUUCAAACGCUAAUUGAUAUGCUUAAAUGUCAAGAAUUGAUAGAGAGCUUCUCCUCUUAUAAUGAAUUGCUAGUACUGAAAGUUAUUUACGCCUAUAAAUCCGAUGAUCAGAAGGUUGAUUCUUCUAGCGGUAGCGGCGGUAGAUCACCAGUACAUUGGAACGCGGAAAAGUGCGCGGCGACGAUGGCUAUGGUUUUGAAGCCUGAACAAAUUAUACAUUUAGUUUCCACCAUAAUCGCUACGGAGACAUAUCCGUUAAAUAUGGGUGCGAUUAAGAUGUUGCACAAGGUUGUGGAGCAUUGGGGACGCGAUGCUAUCGAACCUCAUCUUGCCAAGGUUAUGCCGGGUCUUAUUAAGGCCUACGAUGACUCUGAAAGCGCAGUACGCAAGAGUGCAGUCUUUUGUAUGGUGGCGAUCCAUGUCGCAGUCGGUGAGGAGGUGCUAAAACCGCACCUGAGCAGCCUGUAUUCCAGCAAAUUGAAAUUGUUAAAUAUUUAUAUACAACGUGCGCAGCAACAGGCGAACAGUACACCCGCCAGCCCGCGUAGCAACAGUAAAAAUUAACUAACAUCCAAUACCACGACUCUCAGGGUCGCGAUACUUAAGAGAUUCGCCCGUUUCGGCGCGCGGCAUGAGCGAAUGCUUAUGAGCUUCCUCAGUAAGUCCAAUCCAUAAGGGUCGACGAUGGUUUUACCAAUAUGACUCGGAAGUUUUGAUACAGUAGAGACUGAUGAUGUGUGGAUGUGUGUGUGCGUCACUUCGCGAUAUGCGUGUUUGUGUAAAUCUGUGCUCAAGACGACAGUGAUGUUGCGUGUGAAACCAGAUGAUCAUCGCGGUAUUAUGUUUCCUCUAUUACUAUUUGAUUAUAGAAAAAUAAGUGCGAUUAUUAAUGUUAAUUAAUUACAAAUGUGAGUGAGAAGCUUUUUUACGUGAGCAUCACAUAGUAACUUUGAUUACAAAUAUUGCUCUGUGAUAUGCUCCUGCUUAUUAUCUGAAAGAAUUAUGGAAUUAUUUGUGUAAUAUUACAUGUUUGUUUGCAAAGUAAACAGCUUACGAUUUGUUUAAUUCUGCUAAUCGGUGUUUUUAUUUUAUUUUCUUUUUCUUACUACGAUACAUGUUUUUUAUAUAUAUGAUAAUUUAUACAUACAAGAACUACACUGUGUUUUAUGAUGAAUAGUAUUCAGGAAGUGCAGUAUUUUCGUUGAUCAAAUUUUCAUUUUUGCAAAUCACAUAGCAGUGUUGAAACUUCUUUUUUUUUUUCUUUUUCUUUUUCUUCAUAAUGUUUUAAUUCUUCCAUCAUCGUGAGACAUUCAGUAAACCAGAUAACUAAGAAUACGCAAGGCAACAUCACUGUCUACGGAUUCGAUAUCUUUUAGUGCGCAGCCGAAUACUAAUCAUGCGAGCUACCAGUGAACGUUACGUUAAAUAUACUAUAUGCUUGUUACCGAAUGUCGAGAGUAAUCGCGUGUACGGCAAUACGUCGUGAUGCAUCUCGUAGCAACGACACGUGAUAAAGAAAAUGUGUGUAUAAUUUAUUCGUUUGAAAUCUAUGUGCUAGUCAGAUUCCCAAGGACGCACAAUGACGUAAAAGACACAAACGGAAUAGUCUUUCUUGACAAACCAUGCGUAGACACACAAAUAAUACAUAUAUACAUACAAGAAAGAAGAAAUAUGUGUACGAGAGAGAUAGAGAAAAAAAGAGAGCAAUUUUAAUGAGAGAAUGAGAGAACAUGUGGUUGAUAGAUUGUGCGUGUUUAAAAAAUAAGCAUAAAUAAAGUAACAGUGAUUAGCAAAUCGAUCUGCUCGAGACUAACGUUAACACUUAAACUAUUCAUCACGUUGCCAAUAAUUGAAUGAACGCUAAAUCAAACGCUAACAUAACGAGUUUAGUAACACUUUGUGCCAUUGUCGUUUCUGUUUAUUGUAUAAGAAAAAAUUAUAUAUAUAUAUUAUAUGUAGAUUCUUUUUGUCCUUUUCUUAUUAUAUAUAUUUAGUCGAGAGAUACAAUAUAUAUAUAUAAGGAUAAUAAAAUUUUAUUAUAAAUUCAGCAAGAUGAAUUAUUGAAGAGUGUUACGACAUAUUAGAAAUUUGUUUUGGAAACGUUUGCGUUGUCUGACGUAAGUAUUACAAAUGUACUGGUUAUAGAAUCGUAUGUGAAUUGUACUUGAUAUCAAACGCCUUCUAACACGAAUCUCUAAUAGUCCAUUGAUAAUUCACUUCAGCGUGAUGACGCAGUAAUUCAAACAUCUCGAACACAAUAUGGCCAAACAGUGCCAAAAAAAAGUAUUGAAUAUAGAAUGAGGAGCAAUUCGAGUAAACACGAAGAAAAAAAAAAGAAUAUGACAGACUGUAUUUCUUUUACUUGGUGCCUUCGGCGUCGAAGCGACGGGAUUUGAUUGUCUUUCAUCAUCACUUAGGAACAAUUUCGCAGAUAGUACAGACAAGAUUAAAGAAAAGAGAAGAUACAAAGUCUAACUCUCUGUUGCCGACGUCGUAUAAAGUGAAUAUUUCGAGAUAAAAACAUAUUGAUUAAUCUCGUGUAGUAUAUAGCGUAUUACGAUGCGAACUCGAUAUUUUUCCCAUUCUGCGCUCCGAAUAGAAUCUCGAAAGUUUCGCGAAUAAAUAUUUAUUCUAUACACGCCCCAUUUGCACGCGUGUGUUGCUCGCGUGACACUUUAUUCGAAAGCUGAAUUAUUGUCAAGACAAAUACAAUAGGUUCUCUCUCUCGAGAUAGAGAGAGGCGAGAAGGAGCUUCGUUGUGCGCAUUUAAUAAACGAUAUUACAUGCGGCA